AUGUCGAUAGCAGCGUACCGCAGAUAUUCCACAGCCACCAAAAAUAAGCGAGUCAUCACCGGCAUCAACGUCCGUCUCGAUAAUGAGCUCAGAGGCAUCAAGGCAGGCAUACACGCGUUCCGAUCAACUGUGGCGCGAGAGAAAGCAUCUCAAGAGGCAUCCCGCAAAGCUUCCAUAGUUGAGGCUUCGCGACAGCGCCGAGCGCCAAAAUGGGUGCCUGUGGUGGGAGAGCGAGUGAGGAUCAGCAGUAUGGGGUACGAGGGGACACUGCGGUUCUAUGGAGCGACAGAAUUCAAAGAAGGCGUCUGGGCGGGAGUGGAGCUGGAAGGGGGGUUCAAGGGAAAAGGCAAGAAUGAUGGAAAUGUCGGCGGUGUGCAAUACUUUUCAUGCCCACCGAACUGUGGUAUCUUUGUGACAGCAGUCAAACUUUCCCAACCAACAACAGGAGCCUCCCAUCCUCCGUUGCCUCAUGCCAUCGUUCACAAGCCUCCUACACUCUAUCCGGCCGCGCCACUCCCUCCAUGUCUGGCUGAGCUACCCCUUCCAGACCUCCAUCUGUCACCCCAGGCCGUGCCCCGCGUACCGUCUCAUCAGUAG